GAUGUUAUUUUGGGCAGUGCAUCUGGACUUGGCUCAAGUGGCACCAGCCAAACCCUAGCCUUACUGACCUCUCCCCUAGAGGAGCAGGAGCAGUGCUUGAGGCUGCCCUGGGAGGGCUGAGAGACAGGCUCUGGACUGGGGACUCAGGGAUAGCCGAGCCCCAGCUGGGGGUGGAAGCUGAGCCAGGGACUGUCUUGGAGGAACAAGAUCAAGAUGCGCUUUAACUGAGAAGCCCCCAAAGCAGAGGCUGAGAAUCAGAAGGCAUUUCAGCAGACAUCUACAAAUCUGAAAGACAAAACAUGGUUCAAACAUCCAGGCACAGGCGGUCCACCCGUGGCUCCAAAAUGGUCUCGUGGUCCGUGAUAGCAAAGAUCCAGAACACACUGCAGAAGAAGAUGGUGCGAGAGUUCCUGGCUGAGUUCAUGAGCACGUAUGUCAUGAUGGUGUUCGGCCUUGGUUCCGUGGCCCAUAUGGUUCUAAAUAAAAAAUAUGGGAGCUACCUUGGUGUCAACUUGGGUUUUGGCUUCGGAGUCACCAUGGGAGUGCACGUGGCAGGCCACAUCUCUGGGGCCCACAUGAACGCAGCUGUGACCUUCGCUAACUGUGCACUGGGCCGCGUGCCCUGGAGGAAGUUUCCGGUCUAUGUGCUGGGGCAGUUCCUGGGCUCCUUCCUGGCAGCUGCCACCAUCUACACCCUCUUCUACACGGCCAUUCUUCACUUUUCGGGUGGACAGCUGAUGGUGACCGGUCCUGUCGCUACAGCUGGCAUUUUUGCCACCUACCUUCCUGAUCACAUGACAUUGUGGCGGGGCUUCCUGAAUGAGGCGUGGCUGACCGGGAUGCUCCAGCUGUGUCUCUUCGCCAUCACGGACCAGGAGAACAACCCAGCACUGCCAGGAACACAGGCGCUGGUGAUAGGCAUCCUCGUGGUCAUCAUUGGGGUGUCCCUCGGUAUGAACACAGGAUAUGCCAUCAACCCGUCCCGGGACCUGCCCCCUCGUGUCUUCACCUUCAUUGCUGGCUGGGGCAAACAGGUCUUCAGCGAAGGGGAGAACUGGUGGUGGGUGCCAGUGGUGGCACCACUUCUGGGUGCCUGUCUAGGUGGCAUCAUCUACCUGGUCUUCAUUGGCUCCACCAUCCCACGGGAACCCCUGAAAUUGGAGGACUCUGUGGCGUACGAAGACCACGGGAUAACCGUAUUGCCCAAGAUGGGAUCUCAUGAACCCACGAUCUCUCCCCUCACCCCCGUCUCCGUGAGCCCUGCCAUCAGAUCUUCAGUCCACCCUGCCCCGCCCUUACAUGAAUCCAUGGCCCUAGAGCACUUCUAAGUAGAGAUUAUUUGUGAUCCCAUCCCUUCCCCAAUAAAGCAAGGCUUGUCCCACAGCAGUAGCCCCACUUCCUGGGGGCCUCCUGUGGUCAGGCUUCCCUCCUGGGUUCUUCCGGGAGCUCUAGGGCUAUGUCUUAGCCCAAGGUGUAGAGGUGAGGCGCCUUGAGUCUUUCAUGCCCUGGGAACUGGGGUUCCCCAUGGGGAGAAUGGGGAAGAGCUGACCUGUGCCCUCAGUAGGAACAGGGUGAGAUGAAAGAAUGACAGAAACAGAAUGAGGGAUUUUCAGGCACGGGGGAAGGAAGGGCUGUUUUGGGGAAAGGACCGUAGCUGGCUGGUGGGGAGCCGGCUUUAGAAAUACUUUGAAGGGAUCCUGAGAUUGGACUCUAGACUCUCCCCUGGUUCUUCCUUUCCCCGAGUUCUGGCCAGUUCUUGGACCAGACAAGUCAAGGCCCAAGAAUGUAGAUCAGAUUUUUUUAGCCUUUUUUUCAUUAGUGCCUUCCCUAGUAGUCUUCUAGAUUUUUUUUUCUUAAUCACAUGAAAUUUUAAUAUCACAGAUAUACUAUAUAUCUGUUUAUGUUCUGUGUUUUAUACAUAAAAAAGAGUAAGAUUUUUUUUCACCUCUCCUUUUAAGAAUCAGUUUUAAUUCCCUUGAGAAUGCUUGUUAUAGAUUGAAGGCUGGUAAGGGGUUGGGCUCCUCUUUCUUCUUCCUGGUGCCAGAGUGCUCCCACAUGAAGGAAUUGGAAAGGAAGAUGCAAAAAGGGAAAUCCUUACAACACAUGAAGACACAGGAAGAAGCCUCAGAGGGCCCCAAGAGCCCCAGGGAAGCAGCCGCAGAGGCUGGGUGGGGAUGGGGGGCCAGGAUCUGCUGACCCUGGGGCCAGGCAGGAGUCACUCUGCUGCCUGGGGCUCGGAAGGCAGCAUCACCCAUGGUUCCUGUCAUUGCUCAUGCAUUUUGCCUUUCAAUAAUUAUUGUGCACCUACUGUGUGCAGGCCCUGCCUGGACACUGGGGAUGUGCAGUGGGUGCGCUGUGCUCUGCCUUUGAGGGUUGCAGUUUAAUGGGGAACAGGUAAUUAUAAGGAAGAAGGUGAGUGCAGAGUGGGAGGCUUGGAGGCUGUGGGGCUCGGGGUGGGGAAACUCACAUCCAGCCUCUGGGUCAAGGCCAGGAGGCUUCCCAGGAGGAGACAGAGCAAGGUAUGGUGGUGGGGGGUGUCCUUUUUGGGGCUGGGAGCUGCACUUUACAGUUUGAGGGGAUGGGCAGAGGAAGCUGGGCUUUGUUCUGGAGGUGGGGGACAUGGUGAGGUGAGGUUUAGAAAGCACAUCUGAGCCACAGUGUGUAGGAUGCUGGAAAUGGUGGAGACGGGCCUGCGAAGACUGCUGGGAAGCGAUGAGCCAGGAGCAGCAGCCGGGCACCUAAUAAUGGGUCAGCACUGUGGAUGUGGAGACGAGAGACGGGAUUGAUCAACACCCGAGAAGUACAAUGUGCAGGACUUGGGCUCCAUUUGGAUGGCGUGGGUGAGGGAGAGGGCGGAGUCAGAACAGACUUCCAGUUUCCAGCUUGGGCCUGGGGAUUGGAGAUGUCCCCACUGAGAGUAGGACACAAGUGAGGAAAUGGUUUGGAGAGGAAGAUGAUAAGUUACAUCAUGGACAUGCUGAGUCCGAGUUGCCUAUGGGACUUGGAAUGGGGGGUGGCAAAAGGUGUGUAAUCUUGAGCAAGAUAUUCAAGCCUUCUGGGCCUUGGUCUUAUCUGUAAAAUGACGAUAAGAAUAUUACCUCCCAUUUGUGUUGCUGUGAAAAUUAAAUGCACUACCACAUGUAAAAUGUUGAGAAUC